UAUGCAAUGAAAGUAUGCUAAAACCCUAAGCUUGGCUAUUCUUUAUCUUCUAGUUACACACGAUACUCUUCGUUAGAAGGAGCGGCCACUCUCUCACAGUGUCGUUCAGGUUUUUAAUUGAGAUAAUUGGAUUUAUUUAUUGAGUGGGCUGCAAAUUUGGAUCCGUCAUGUCGAAUUAUGCCAAACCUGAGGCUGCAUUAAAUCAGGCUGAAGCCCUGAUCAAUGUUGGGCAGAAGCAAGAUGCAUUGCAAGUGCUUCAUGAUCUGAUUACUUCAAAGAGACACCGGGCAUGGCAAAAGAUACUUGAAAAGAUUAUGUUCAAGUAUGUAGAGCUUUGUGUUGAUAUGAGGAGAGGUAAGUUUGCCAAGGAUGGUCUGAUUCAAUACCGUAUAGUUUGCCAACAAGUGAAUGUCACUUCCUUGGAGGAGGUUAUCAAGCACUUUAUGCACCUCUCUACUGAGAAGGCUGAGCAGGCUCGUAAUCAGGCACAAGCCUUAGAAGAAGCGCUUGAUGUGGAUGACCUAGAAGCAGAUAAAAGGCCAGAAGACCUAAUGCUUAGUUAUGUCAGUGGAGAGAAGGGAAAGGAUAGGUCUGAUCGUGAACUUGUUACUCCUUGGUUCAAAUUCUUGUGGGAGACUUACAGAACAGUGCUUGAAAUAUUACGGAACAACUCAAAGCUUGAGGCACUCUAUGCGAUGACUGCACACCGAGCCUUCCAGUUCUGCAAGCAAUAUAAGCGGACAACUGAAUUUCGUAGACUGUGUGAAAUUAUCAGGAACCAUUUGAUGAACCUUAACAAAUACAGAGAUCAAAGGGACCGACCUGAUCUCUCAGCUCCAGAGAGUUUGCAACUCUAUCUUGACACUAGAUUUGAACAGCUAAAGAUUGCCACUGACCUCCAGCUCUGGCAGGAAGCUUUUUAUUCCAUUGAAGAUAUUUAUGGACUGAUGUGCAUGGUUAAGAAAACACCCAAACCUUCUUUGCUGGUUGUUUACUAUGCCAAGUUAACAGAGAUUUUCUGGAUUUCUUCAAGCCAUCUUUAUCAUGCUUAUGCAUGGUUUAAGCUUUUUACACUUCAAAAGACCUACAAUAAGAACCUGAGCCUAAAGGAUUUGCAACUGAUAGCCUCAUCUGUCGUUUUGGCUGCACUUUUAGUGCUCCCUUAUGAUCAUACCCAUGGUGCAUCUCAUUUGGAACUUGAGAACGCCAAGGAGCGCAACUCGAGGAUGGCCAAUCUGAUAGGAUUUGAGCUUGACCCAAAACUUGAUAAUAGAGAAAUGCUUUCAAGAUCAGCCCUUCUCUCAGAAUUGGUUGCCAAGGGUGUACUGAGUUGUGCAACUCAGGAAGUAAAAGAUCUGUACCACCUUUUGGAGCAUGAGUUUUUCCCUCUAGAUCUUGCCUCAAAGGUACAGCCACUUUUGGCAAAAAUUUCAAAGUUAGGUGGUAAGCUUGGUUCAGCUUCCUCUGUACCAGAGGUGCAGCUGUCCCGAUAUGUUCCAGCCCUUGAAAAGCUUGUUAUCCUGAGGUUGCUUCAGCAGGUAUCUCAGGUUUAUCAGAUAAUGAAAAUUGAGAGUUUAUCUCAGAUGAUUCCCUUUUUUGAUUUCAAAGUGGUGGAGAAGAUUUCCGUUGAUGCUGUAAAAUAUAAUUUCAUGGCUAUGAAAGUUGACCAUAUGAGGGGUGUUGUUUUGUUUGGUAAUUUGGGUCUUGAAUCUGAUGGUCUGAGGGAUCACUUGGCUGUUCUUGCUGAGUCUUUAAAUAAAGUGAGGGCCAUGAUAUAUCCUCCUGCAAAUAAAGCUUCAAAACUAGGUGAAUUGUUACCUGGUUUAGGGGAGACUGUUGAUAAGGAGCAUAAGAGACUUCUUGCUAGAAAAUCAAUCAUUGAGAAAAGGAAGGAAGAACAUGAACGUCAACUUAUUGAAAUGGAACGUGAGGAGGAGUCAAGGAGGCUAAAGCAACAGAAAAUAACAGAAGAGGCUGAGCAGAAGAGGCUUGCUGCUGAGUACGAGCAAAGGAAAAGUCAAAGAAUUCUAAGGGAAAUAGAGGAGCGUGAACUUGAAGAAGCUCAGGCACUACUUGAGGAAGCUGAGAAGCGCAGUAAAAAGAAGGGAGGCAAAAAGCCAAUUUUGGAGGGAGAGAAAGUUACAAAACAAACUUUGAUGGAGCGGGCUUUGACUGAGCAACUUAGGGAGAGGCAGGAAAUGGAGAAAAAGUUACAAAAAUUAGCCAAAACUAUGGAUUAUCUGGAAAGGGCAAAAAGAGAAGAGGCUGCUCCCUUGAUUGAAGCCGCUUUUCAGCGACGGUUGGUGGAAGAGAAGGUGCUUCAUGAACGUGAACAACAGCUAGAGACUGAACUCAGCAGACAACGUCACGACGGGGACCUCAAAGAAAAGAAUAGACUUUCUAGGAUGUUGGAUAAUAAGGAAAAAUUCCAGGAAAGAGUAUUGAACCGUCGUAAAGCAGAGUUUGACAGGCGCAGAGUAGAGAGGGAGGAAAGAAUCAACCAAAUUAUUCAGGCACGCAAACAGGAGAGGGAGGCAAUGAGAAAGAAAAUAUACUAUGUUAGGUGUGAAGAAGAAAGACUGAAAAAGCUACGUGAGGAGGAAGAGGCUCGUAAGUGGGAAGAGGCUGAGAAACGAAGAAAAGAAGAAGCCGAACGCAAGGCAAAAUUAGACGAGAUUGCUGAAAAGCAGAGGCAAAGAGAGCGGGAAUUGGAAGAGAAGGAAAAGCUGAGAAGAGAAGCUCUCUUGGGGAGACCAGCUGAUGUGCCCGCCAAGCCUUUUGAGCUUCCUGCUCGUGCAUCGGAGCCUGGAACUACUGCUCCAGCUGCAGCUGCUGCUGCGCCAUCUGCUGGAAAAUAUGUUCCCAAAUUCUUGCGUGAGAGAACUGAGGGUUCAGGGCAACCGCCACCUACUCAACCUGAUCGGUGGGUUGGCGGCAGGCGAACUGAAGGCUUUGGUCAGGCCCCACCAGAAUCUGAUCGAUGGAGCAGGAGAACCGAAGGCACUGCCCCUGUAUCAGAAUCUGAUCGGUGGGGUAGCAAUGGCAGGCCAGAUGAUCGUGCAGCCCCACCUAGUGAUAGGUGGCGAAGUGGUGGUAGUUCGAGACCAAGUUGGUCAUCUUCUCGUAACCCACCACGCUGAUCUGAACUCUGAUCAUGGAUUAAUCUGGCUGAUGGUUAAAAUGGGGCUAAUUUGGUGAUGUGCUCAAAUGCUGAUGAUGGAUUUUUGUGAUAGCUCAAGGAUGUCUUUGGCAAAUCUGAGGAAAUAAUCAUGGCUAUAAAUUUUGAGAGCAUGAGACUUGGUAGAGUUGAUUGUUUUAUUUUUCUUUUAUCAAUAUUUUUCUUGUAUGACAAGCCUGCGAAAUAUUUAUUCUAGACUUGGAACGCUCAAGACUUGGUGUAGAGUUUGCUGCAUACUCAGACUUGUUACGGUUUGUUUGGUUAUGUUAUGUUUUGCAUCAAGUAUAUGACAAAUCCAGAGCUGAUUUUCCUCAUGCUGUUAUAAAUGUCAAUCAAGUGUUUUCGUCAA